CCUUUGACGUGUUCGUUAUAUCGGCGCAACUGUCAGCCGGCACCUUGCACCGCACAUUUUCUUAUAUAAAAUCGAUAAACUUGUACGUACAGUUCUUCCCAGUGUUACCGCUAUUCAAGACAAAUCUUACCACCUGCGUUGGUCUUAAGAAAAAUCCUAGGUGUGUCUCGCGUUUUUGUUUAACUACGAAGCACAUAACGGGUAAUACGUUAUAAGAAAGUAAUAAAAAAAGAAAAAAAAAGAAAAAGAAAAACGCAAUUUUGACGUGUGUAUGCUAUGUGCGUACGAAAAAAAACUAAUAAAAGAAAUAAAAGUAAAAGCUAUCUAACGGAAUAAUUAAUGUCAAUGUGAAUCUCCAUCGUUUUUAAUAAAACAUUCAUUUCGAUUAAUUGAUUAUUAUCCGUGACUGAGAUCUAAUCGAUCAAUUUAUCCAAGAUGGAUGAAGAUGCCAUGUGGAAAAAUUUCUAUCAUAAAAUUGUUGAAGAAAAAGAGACGAAAGAGAAGGAACAGAAGGAACGCACGGAUCAUGAAUUAAGGAAGAAAGGACUAUACAAAAUGGCACAUUUCCAUAAACUGGACGAGAAACAUCCUUAUUACGCGAUAGCUGCUGUUCGUAUGUCGCAAAAGCCAGAAACUAAACCAGUUACUACGGCUAGCAUCUAUUGGAAAUUCGCAGCAUUCAACUUUAUUUCUAAAAGGAUACAGGAAAUCGAUGGCGGCUUCUUCGAAAAUCUUGGCACGUUGCUGGUCGAAAAAGUACGUGCCCAAGAAGAAAUUGAAGGACCACUUCCAAAAAAGAAAGAAGAAACAGGAGGUGAAGACGAGGAUAGUUUCAGCGAGGUGGAAAGCAUCGAGGAACCAACUGAAGCUUUAUUGGAAACUGACAGUGAUCGAGAUGAGAAAGAACAUGCACAUAAUUUUUUGAUAGAUUCCGUUGGCUUAAACAUCGAGGAACUUUACACUGCCCUCGUGUAUAUGACACAACAUCAAAUCGGAUAUGAUGUUACUAACGAGUGCGCACAAGAAGCUUUGUUAAAUCAUUUGCAAAAUGCAUUCAAAAUCGACAAUGAAACUCAUGAAAGAAUUAUUGAAGAAACCCAAAACAUGGAGCCUCCAGAAAUGCGUCUUAGUGUAGAAGUGAUCGAAGCUAAGGAAUUGGUAUCCAAAGAUGCUAAUGGAAAAAGUGAUCCCUUUUGUGCUCUUUAUCUCGAAUCGGCUCCUACUAGAAGAUACAAUACUGCUGUAAAAACGUUCACGCUUAGUCCAGUAUGGGAAGAACAUUUUGAAUUACCUUUAGAUGAUCCAGAAAACGAUGUUCUAUCUCUGGAAGUUUGGGAUUUCGAUGCAGCUGAAACUGUUCCUGAGAAAAUAAGUAAAGUUAAAGAUAUUAAAGGUGUUCGUGGUCUGGUUAAACUUGCUAAGGAAAUUGCUGUAACAGCCACAACUGGUAGUCAUGAUAACGAAUUUAUUGGACGUUGUCGAAUACCUUUGAAGGAUAUUCCAACGACUGGACAUACGAUGUGGUAUGUUCUGGAGAAAAAAAAUAAGACUAAACGACGAGGAGUUGUUAAAUUAAAAUUGGCCUUUAGCACGGAACAUAAUGCACAGGUUGCUGCUCAAGAACACAGACAUUUACUUAGAGUUUUGUUGUUAUACGAACUUGAAACCGAAAAAGUUGAAAAAUAUUGUUGGUGUGGUCGAUGGUCUGGUCCUGCAGAAGCUUUGAUUCUCCAACAUAGUGCACAACGUGGUCUCUUGGAUAGAAAUAUUGAUCUGGCACAAUGGAUCGAAUAUGCUAGGAUUCAUCAAGAACAUCCACUUAAUUUUAUGGUUUUUAAUAAAAUAAUAGUGGAUUUAUUAAGACCUAUGGAUAAUGGAUUAUUUUCUACAGACGAAACCAAAUUAUUUUGGGAUGCGACUAGGAAAAUACUUUAUUCUUGUUUAAACAGUAUAAGGAAAAUAAGAAGAUUAGUUCUAGGAGAUAAGAAUGCCAUGACACAGUUAUCGGCUAUUUUAGGGAUAUUAUCGUCCAUUUCCACUCUUAAAAUUCCGGAAGAUUUUGAUCUAUUUCCUGCGAAGAUGUAUUCUUGGUUUCCAGAACCAGACGGUACAAAAUUGGAUGUUUUUCAAGGCUUAGAAAAUACAGUUAUACAAGGUUGUGCUGAAUGGUAUGAACACAUCAAAAGUAAUACUACUCCUGAGACUGAUUCGGACGAAGAUGUACUCAGAUUCCAAAUUAAAAUAAUUCAAUUAAUCAGAGCAGAUUUACAACGAUCUAUAGAUCAUUACGACAAAUUGUUCAUCAAAAAAAUGAAUUUCCCUUAUACAAGAACAUUGUAUGUUAUGUACGAAGAAAAAAUAAGUGAUAUGUGCAUGGAUGUUGUGGAAGAUUUGUGUGUAAGAUUGAAACGUAUAGAAGUUGAUAGUAACAAUGAUGCUGAACUAAAUCUUGGUACAACUUUAUUCGAACUUUAUCUCACGUUACAACGAUAUGCUGUAUUUGGUCAAAUGGUCUGUGCAGAAGGACAAUUAGAAUCUAUGAAAAUCCAAAAUUAUCACGAUUGGUUUAGAGGUGGUGUGGCACAUUGGUUGGAUAUUGCAGUGUAUAAAGCUUUGAAACGAAUUGAUAGAGCUGUCGAAUUUGAUACGUUACAGGCUGUUGAUAAUACUGUGCAAUAUACAUCCAGUGCAGUUGAUACCUUAACAAUUUUUUAUCAAAUUAAAGUUUUUUGGACACAAUUGGCAUGGCCCGAUGUUGAAGGAUCUUAUACAUUUAUAGCUAAAAUUAUAGACGAUAUUUGUAAGUGUUCCAUUGCAUAUGCUGAUAAGAUGGCUACAAAAGCAGAAACUACGACAGAUUUAGAACAGCUCAAUGAAAGUAGUGUCUAUGAGAGAAAAUUUGUAGUAUCUAAUGCCUGGUGUUUUGCUAUUAAUAAUAUUGAUUAUAUCAGAACAUCGAUUGGACCAUUGGCGAAUGAUUUGGGUCUUCAAGCUAUCGUCGAUGCUUUAAAAGAAAAUAAAACAGAAGAAGAAGCCGAUCGUUGUAAACAAACUCUUGAAUUGAUAAUCGCUAAUGCAGCAGAUACCGUUAGGAAUAAAAUUAUUGAAUUAUUAGAAUUUGUAGCUCACAAAAUGGCUCCUGCUAUGAGUAGGUAUCUCAUGGAAGGUGCUGAAUUAAUAGAUACAACUAGUAAUGCUAUGGAUCGACUUUUGCAAUAUCUUGAUUCUAAUUUAACAACAUUACACGACAAUCUUAGUCAGGAUAAUUUUGAAAGAGUUCUUCUAGUUAUUUGGGAGAUUAUGUCUGAAACACUUUAUCAAUUAGUUGAUAGUAAUUUAGAAAAAAGAAGACCACCUUCUUUCUACUCUAAUUUACACCGGACACUUCAUACGCUCAUUAAAUUUUUCAAUCUCGGUGCAGACGAAACGUCGAACGUACAGGUUUUAGAGAAGAUUGAAGAACUUUUGAAACUUCACGGUUUGGAAACAGCUGAGCUUAUUCAUCGUUAUAAUCAAGAUCGAUUGAACGAACAGAAAGAGAUAGAAGAAACUAUUUAUGGCCUCCUCACUGUAAAAGCCUCCUUCUUGAACAAUUCAUUGAACAUUCAAAUUCUCAAUGCCAGAAAUCUACGACCGAUGGAUAGUAAUGGAGAUUUUAUAGGCAAGCUGUCUACUCUCGAGCGCAAACUGCACUCUAAAUCUAAACAAAGACUGAAAGAAGGGAAGAAAAGCAAAUGUGAUUCUUAUGUUAAAAUAAGAUUGUUGCCGGAAAACAAAUUUAUCGACAACAAGACACCAAAGACACACGUACAAAAAGAAACUUUGUUCCCUCUUUUCGAUGAAACUUUUAACAUUCCUCUUACCGAAGAACAGAGAGCUAUAGAGGAUGCUAUAGUAGCCUUUGAAGUUAAAGACAAGGAUUUCUUACGAACUAGAUUUAUGGCUGAAGCCUUUCUAGCAUUCCGUGAAAUUCCAGAAAUGGGACCAGAUAAAGGAAUGGAAUCAAUGGAACAAAUUCAUUUAAAACUUUCACGGCCAGGCAAUAAACGUACGGACGUAAUUCGGGCCUUAGAACAUAGAAAAGGAGACAACCAAGCAAUGGAUUUCAUAUCUAAAAUACAUAAUAAAUCUAAUGCAAAAUAGUAGGAAAACCUAUAAACAUAAAAAGUCAUAUCGAACAACGUCCAUAAGUGUAGCUAUUAUCACUCAUUGCCUUAUACCAUUGUUAUUUUUAAUAAAUUUUACUAUUUAAAAAAAAGAAAAAAAAAAGAAAAAAAAAUAUUUCUCAUAAGUGUAAAUAUAAUAUUUAAAUUUGACACAAUUGAUAUUUAAUUUGAAAAAAAUCAUUUUAGACUGUUUAUGUGUAACAUUUCUAUACUUUCCCAGAAUAUUUAAAAGUUAUCGCAUUUCAUAACGUUAAGGAACUUAAAAGGCUGAAUAAGUCUUACACAUAUUCAGUACGUGUAUUUCUAUACAUAUGCGAACGUCUAGUUUAACCCUUUGAGUGCUGAAUACUCUUGACUGAAGCACUUCAUAGGAACGAAAUAAUUUAUAGUUAAUGUGAGUUUCGUUGAUUAAAUAUACUAAGAAAAAUUAACAAUAAAUUAUAAUUGUUUUUCUUUCAAAAGUGAAAUCACAAGAAAAUUUAUUUCGAUCAUAAUAUUUUGGUGUGACAAAAACUCGAAACAAUUAUUAAUACACAAACCAAUAUUGCAUCCUUGUAUUUAAAUCUACAAACGCAUAUAUACGCUUAUAGUCCACAUUGAUAACUUUAAUCAAAUUCAUAUAUGUGUCUACAGGACUCAAAGGGUUAAUAAGAUGAUAUUUAUAAAAUAUUGUUUGAUAAGAUAAUACUGAUGUGGCAAAAAUAAUUUUACAUCGAAUACAUGUACAUAGAUAAAGAUGUGUUAAGUCAUUUAAUGUAAAUACGUAUAGCAGCAUUGUUAUUAUAACUGGUAAUUGAUAUUUUUAUAAUCUAC